GGCCGUCAUGGGUUCACGUUGAUCUCGGAGCCUUCGCGCUGACCCGAGCACGAGCCUGACAACGGAAAGGAAGAGAGGCCUGGGGAUUUUCGCCCCCACCCCCUUUUGCCCCUCCUCACCCCUCCUUUCCCCACUUCCUCCCCUUCCUUUCCUUCUUCAAAACAUCUUCAAAGUUGAGGAGCAGGAGCGUGGCGGACAUGUUCUCCACUGAGCCGCACUGACACCAACACAGCGACCCGGGAACGCAUGGAAGGGCCGUGGGUUAGGAGAUGCCGUCCAGUUGAUGUCCAGACAACCAGAACGUGUUUUCUACAUCAGUUUUUUUCCCGCUUUAUGAGCGCUGCUGGAGGAACUCUGUGCAUCCUCUAGUGCUUUAGGCCAGCAUGAAGAAAACCACUCAGUGGUCCAGAGAAGAGGUCACCAUCGAGCUGUGCAUGGAGACUCGCGCGAACGGCCAUGCUAACGUCGACGCCGCCGGAGACAGGAGCAAAGCUACGCGCAACGGUUUGGUCAACGGUUUACAUCAAGAAGUGGUGCGGAUUUCUAUCCCCGGCCCUCCUACCGCUUCAUUUCCCACCGAGUGGGGCAAGACUGCCAUAGCCUUCUUCUACGCCAUCUGCUGCUUCAUUUUCACCACUCUAAUGAUCUCCGUAGUCCAUGAGCGUGUGCCUCCCAAGGAGGUGAGCCCUCCAUUGCCCGAUAAGUUCUUUGACGUUUUUGACCGAGUAGAGUGGGCUUUUACUGUCUGUGAGGUAAACGGGAUGAUUCUGGUCAUCGUAUGGAUUUUACAGUGGAGUCUCCUAAAACACAAGUCCAUUGUUGGUCGGCGGUUCCUGUUCAUUUUAGGGACGCUAUACCUCUAUCGGUGUAUCACCAUGUACGUCACUACUCUGCCUGUUCCAGGGAUGCACUUCAAGUGUUCACCUAAGCUGCAUGGAGAUUGGAAAUCCCAGAUGUGGCGGGUGUUGAAGUUGCUUGCCGGCGGAGGUUUGACCAUAACCGGUUCUCAUCACAUGUGCGGGGAUUACCUGUACAGCGGCCACACGGUCAUGCUGACCCUCACCUAUCUCUUUAUUAAAGAGUACUCUCCAAGGCGCUUCUGGUGCUAUCACUGGGGGUGUGGGACGCUCUCGGUCGUCGGUGUGUUCUGCAUCCUUUUGGCUCAUGAUCACUACACCAUAGAUGUAGUCGUCGCCUACUUCGUCACCACACGCCUUUUCUGGUGGUACCACACCAUGGCUAACUAUUCAGAACUCAAGGCAUUGUCUCCAAGCAACUUCCUGUCACGCAUUUGGUGGUACCGCGCUUUCCAGUAUCUGGAGCAGAACGUGCAAGGCGUCGUCCCUCGCAGCUUCCACAUCCCCUUCUCAUUGCGAUCGAUACAGUGGGGUACGGUGAAGUACAGCAGGAUCGACUCAGACUGAAUGCAAACGCUCUAUCCAAAGAGCAGUGACUCUCAAAGACUUUGCCUUAAGUGCCAGGUCAUGUGACAAACCAAGCCAAUCCCUUUAGCCCACUAGGCGCACCGACUGUCCAAACGUUCUGACUGUCCAAAACUUCGUCCAAAGCGGUUCAUUCCUCACCAACUACGCGCAUUUCAGCCCUGGGGGGCCACUAUGGGAACGCGCGGUGUGUACACGGGGCCAGAGCGUAUAAACGAAUGCCUUUAGCACCUGCCAAAAGUUGUCACUUGGAAACAUGAUCUUAUACAAAUCGCUAAUUUGGAAGCUGUCCUGCCCCCGUCCGUUACUUGAACACGCGGUAGAGCGAACCAGAUGUUUCCAUUCGCUUACAGACUGAGCCAGUAUGUCAUGUUUAGUGACCGAGUUAAAUCUUUUAUCAGGCUGUUUGCUUCAGUGUAGAAGUGUCCCUUUAAUAAAACAAAAAUCCUUCAGUUUAUAAUUAUUUCCCCUUUAAGAAAACAUCUAGCAGGGGGAGGGAUCAGUUUGAAGAGAUGUGCAGUUUUGUAGCUUUCCACUUCGACACACAAAAAAGUGCUUUCUACACGUAUAGCGAUUAAUCUUUCCGAGUGAAUGUCCCUUUUUUUUUUUUUUACACAAAAAGCAAAAGGAGACAGAAAGACUGUUUUUGGUGAUAAACUUCCUCAGUGCCUUUCUUGCCAGGAUUGUACAUGUCCUGUGCUUUGUAUGUGUGUGGUGGUGAUUGUGUUUAUUUUAAUUUAUUUUUAUUUUUUUUUUAUUUAUGGUCUCAGUGGUACAUUAAUGUUAAUAGGACAAAUGAAAAUAUAAUCGAGGCAGAACUUUGCAGCAGUACAUGCUGGAACGACUUCCUCGCGUUUAGGUCGGAGGUAGUCGGCACAAAAAAUGCAAAAGGAAACACUAGAAGUAGUAAAUGGCUGUCGCUGGUAGAAAAUGGUGGUGAGUAUAAAGACUCAUGUAAUACAUGUUAAGACUGUUUCUUCGGUAAAUUGGUAUAGCUGCUAGGUUGUAGAGUCUACAUCCGUAGCUUGCUUAAACCUAAGGAGUUGUGCGUAGACAUGUAGGGAUAACAUAUAAAAAAUAUUCAAAUACACUAUUUUCUUCUACUUUUACGUUUUUUUUUUUUUUACUGAAUUUGUCUCAAACAUUAAUGACCACCAAGCCAAUGUGUCUAAAAUAUAUAUAUAUAUAUAUAUAUAUAUAUAUAUAUAUAUAUAUAUAUAUAUAUAUAUAUAUAUAUAUAUAUAUAUAAAUUAUUAUUAUUAUUAUUUUUGCUGUUGUACUUGUAUUUAUUUAUUACCAUAUCUCAGUGGAAUAUGGGAGGUUGUAUCAUUUCCUGUUUUGUUUUUUUUGUCAAUGGCAAGUGUCCAUAUUUUUGCUGGUUCUGCUUUAAUCUCCUGUUGGACGGAAGAGUAGUUUCAGUAGUUUCAUUGUCUUUGUGCGUUGACUCUGUCCAAUGUGGUUAUUGAGCAGGAUCGUAUUAUGUUCAUAAGCUAAUAACUGUUCUGUACAACACGCAAUGAGAAAGCUGCUAACACUUUUUGAUUUUUUUUUUUUUAUGUUUUUUGCCAAAUAAAUGACAACCAUUAUCACACACUAUAAU